AGGACGAGCCCCGGAGGACGGCCGCCAACAGCGCUUCAGCGGCCCUCCGUCGAUCGCCUUGCGGGGGGCGCGCAAAAGCCCUCUGGCCUGCAAAGCGCUGCCUCAUUCGGGCCAGCGCCGCAUGAUCUGAACAGAUGCGAUUUGCAUGUGAUCCCCUGAUAUAUCUUUGGUCGCCUUCGGCCCCCCCCCACCAUCAGUCGCUUCUGGAACGCCGGCCAGCCAUCCGCAUCUCCGUUUUGUCUCCUUGCCAACAUCUGCCCUCCCCUCGCCCAUCUCCAUACCGCCGAAAUGAUCCCGCUUCCUGUCGCAAAUACGCUCGGACGCCGCCUCUUCUCCUCGAGCGCUUCGGCCAUGCAGAUCAAGAAUGUGACCGUCGUGGGCUCAGGCCUCAUGGGCGCCGGCAUCGUCCAGGUCGCUGCUCAGUCCAUGUUCAACGUCACCAUGGUCGACCUAACCCCAGAUACUCUCAAGAAGGGCGAAGCGUUGAUCAACUCGUCGCUUGGACGAAUCGCUCGCAAAAAGUUUGCCAGCGACACCGAGGCCCAGGCCGCUUUCAUCAAGGACGUAUGGACACGCAUCCAGCUGUCCACCGACUCUGCCCAGGCCGUCCAGGACUCGGAUCUUGUCGUCGAGGCCAUCGUCGAGAACAUCGAUGUGAAGCGGUCGCUCUUCAAGUCCCUGGAUGCAGCGGCACCCUCCCGCACCAUCUUCACCAGCAACACCAGCUCGCUGCCCAUCCAGGCGAUUGCUUCGGCCACCCAGCGCGGCGACCGUUUCGGUGGCCUGCACUUCUUCAACCCUGUCCCGCAGAUGAAACUCGUCGAGGUGAUCAAGACCAAGGACACGUCCAGCGUUGUCUUUGAUGAGCUCGUGGCCUUCUCGAAGGCCGUCGGAAAAGAACCUGUUGCCUGUGGCGACACUCCCGGUUUCAUUGUCAAUCGCCUCUUGGUGCCCUACAUGAUGGAGGCUCUGCGGCUGGUGGAGCGCGGCGACGCCAACAUGAAGGACGUCGACACCGCCAUGAAGCUCGGUGCAGGCUAUCCCAUGGGUCCCUUUGAGCUUAUGGAUUACGUUGGCCUAGACACCCUCAAGUUCAUCAACGACGGAUGGAACAAGAACUCGCCUCUUUCUGGCGACUCGCUGGUCGCCCCGAGCCAAAUGCUCGAUGACCUUGUGAAGCAGGGCCGCCUGGGCGUCAAGUCGGGUCGGGGUUUCUACGAGUAUCCCGCCAAGAAGAAAUAAACGCCGAGAUAGGGGCCGCGGCCACAUCAGCGUGCCUGCGUAUGCACAGAGAA